AUGCAUUUUGUGUUAAAAUAUGUUGAAUAAAAUGUCUGCCGAUGAUUCAGACACCUACCUACCACCUCUAUCAUCACCAACCCCCACUCCCAUCUCUAUAUACAGAUAGUAUAUGUGUAUAUAUAUGGUUUGGUAGAUGGUUUGAAUUUUAACAUAAUCAAACUCUAAAAUCAUAUAAAUGGCUGCUACUGCGGGUCAAAUAUCUUCAUCAUUAUUCAGAGAUCAAUCUUGUUCAGGAUCAAUUAAGUCUUCAUCAUCAUCAGCCACUUCUACUUGUUCAAUCGUCUCCUUUUCUUCUUCUCCUUCUAAGCUCCUCAACACCAACAAUCUUUCAAUCAAAUCUUUGGAGACUAAAAGGGGUCAUAAGUCGUCUACCAUUUGUUCAGCCGUUAUAUUAGAAAGCAAUUCUGAUCAAAUGGAACUUGAUAUCACGCUUAGCCCUAGAGUUAACGCCGUAAAGCCUUCUAAAACUGUGGCUAUUACCGACCAAGCUACUGCUCUUGUAGAAGCUGGUGUUCCUGUCAUUCGUUUAGCUGCUGGAGAACCCGAUUUUGACACACCGGCUGUUAUUGUUGAGGCGGGAAUUAAUGCAAUUCGUGAAGGUUACACUAGGUAUACUCCUAAUGCGGGUACCUUUGAACUACGCACAGCUAUAUGUAAGAAGUUAAAGGAGGAGAAUGGUUUAUCUUACACACCUGACCAGGUUGUCGUUAGUAAUGGGGCAAAGCAGAGUAUACUGCAAGCAGUCCUUGCUGUUUGUUCUCCAGGAGACGAGGUUAUUAUUCCAGCUCCAUUUUGGGUGAGUUACCCUGAAAUGGCAAGGUUGGCUGAUGCAACACCCGUGAUUCUUCCUGCAAGUAUCUCAGAAAAUUUUCUAUUAGACCCGAAGCUUCUUGAAUCUAAACUAACUGAAAAGUCAAGACUGCUAAUUCUUUGUUCUCCGUCCAACCCAACUGGGUCGGUUUAUCCUAAGAAAUUGCUUGAAGAGAUUGCUCGAGUUGUUGCAAAGCAUCCAAGACUUUUGGUGCUCUCUGAUGAAAUAUAUGAGCACAUUAUAUAUAAGCCAGCAGUCCACACAAGCUUUGCAUCAUUGCCAGGCAUGUGGGAACGUACAUUGACAGUCAACGGGUUCUCCAAGGCUUUUGCAAUGACUGGUUGGAGACUUGGAUAUAUUGCUGGUCCUAAACAUUUUGUUGCUGCAUGUAAUAAAAUUCAAAGUCAGUCAACUUCAGGUGCCAGUAGUAUAUCUCAAAAAGCGGCUGUUGCUGCUUUAGGAAUGGGAUACGCUGGUGGAGAAGCCGUGGCACAUAUGGUCAAAGCAUUUCGUGAACGACGAGAUUUUUUGGUCUCAGCUUUCGGGGAACUAGAUGGUGUAAAAAUAUCUGAACCUCAGGGUGCUUUCUACCUGUUUCUUGAUUUUAGCUAUUACUACGGCUCAGAGGUUGAUGGCUUUGGUUUGAUCAAGGAUUCAGAGUCUUUGUGUCGGUAUUUUCUGGAACAGGGGCAGGUUGCCCUUGUCCCUGGUGAUGCCUUCGGGGAUGACACCUGCAUCAGGAUUUCAUACGCUGCAUCCCUUAACACCCUACAAGCUGCUGCAGAGAGAAUUAAGAAGGCCAUUCUCGCUCUUAAGCCCCCUGUAUCUGUUUAAAUCCUCUUCUAUUACUCCCGGUCAAAGUUUACUAAUUCAAGCUGUUUUUCAUUCUUGUGUGAUGGGAAAACUUGUUUUUUUUCUUAUUGCAAGUGCUAUUACCUGUGUUUUCAAUAUCAAUAAAAUUUGUAUUUUCUUAA